GCCGCACAUCGGACGCUUGUGCGACUGCAGUGGCUUGUUUGGGACGCUUGUUAACCCCAGCAGGCUCAGGCAAUGGGAAUUCAAAAUUUGAAAGUUAAAAAUCCUAAUGUCGAACACAUGAUCUACGGUCAACAAGAAGAAAUUAAAAAUGGCGGAGCCUCGAACCCUAGAAGAUCUAAGCUCCGAAGAGCGGGGCGAGGACGACCAAGAAGAGGAGGAACUUGAAAAUCUUGAAAAGCUGGAAGCUGAAGUGAAACAAAUGGCACAAAGGAUCCUCGAGUACCGAACGACUCUUCCGGAUCAGUUCAAGAGCACACUCUCUUCAAUUCUUGUUUCUCAGAGACCCAUUCUUCCUCAUUUCGACAUAGCCGCCGAACCCGGAAUUUCCGGAGAUCGUACACCAGAUGGGGGAGAACAUGUUCAAUUAAGUCAAGAUGCAUUACUGGCAGAAAAGGAUCCAGAGACUGCUGAGAAAAUACGUAUGCUUAAACUCAAGAUUUCCAAUAAUGUCUCUUCUAUGCCUCUCAUUUUGAAGAGAAUGAAUGAAUGCAUUUCUAUGAUUGACAACCUUGAUUCUUUAGGUGGAACCAUACAUCCUGCUUUCAAAAGGAGGAAAAGUUGACUAGGUUCAGCUUUGCUAGAUUUUGUAUCUUAAUCAUGCCUGUUAUAUGAAGAGGAUCAAGUAGUGUAUUACCAUGUUUGGCUUGAUAUAUAAAAUGGAGCAGACAUCCUUGAGAAAACUGACAAAAAUUGUAGCCUCACUGGAUUUGUGAGUCCUGAUUGUACUGUAACUACUUAAAAUCAUUUGUUUGAUGUGUAACAUAAUGUAACUUUGUGACUACUAUUCCAAAAACAUAUUUCUAAUGCAUCAAGAUUAUGAAGAGAAUGCUGCUAAA